AUGGCGGCUAAGAACAUCACCAUACCUAGAUACACAGCUGCCUGUCUCGCAGCCGACGAAGGCAAUGGCGUCUACCUCGUUGGCUCUCCCUCCCCAGGAUUGAUCGAGUUAAACUUUAUCUCUGACUUUUCGGCAAAGACCCUGGAUCGAGUGGGAUCCAAUCUUGACUCUACUGUGUGGGCUACCGGUGCCGGUAAGGCAUGCUUUACGUACCCCUACCCGAAGACUGCAAACAGAGCGAUUCAGAUUCUGCAGUUCGGGAGCUACUCGACGUAUUUCAGUAUCGCAUACCCUGAUGGCACGAUAGGAUCCUCGAGUUUCUUCCGUGAGAGGGCUUUUGCCUCGCCUCGUCUUUUCGCUUGGUCGGGUAGUUUAGGCGACUACGACAUGUUUUCGCUCGUCACCAACUAUACCGUUCCUGGAUACUCCAACUGGGCUGGUCUGCGACUGUCGUUCUUGUCAAACUCCGGCAACACCACCGCUAACACCGGGUCCUUGUUCGGGUACGGAUUGACGACUUUUCCCCCGGCCGACCCAUUGCUGGCAGUUGGAACCUAUACCGCAUCGACAGGAGUCCUUUCGUCGGGUUAUACAAUUGUGUUUGACAAGGCGAACCAGGGCAAGGCGUAUUUGACGUCGGGAAGCACUACUGCAUUUCAAGGAUCUACAGAGUCGGUGAUGACUCUUGCGCCGUAUGUUACAGUUAACAUGAACAACAUUGUCCUCUCUGCGGACGCUUUGGGCGUUACUAUGGCAGGAACAGCGUACGUCUUGGACAAGGUUGAUGGUGGCAACUACACCGUCAUCUAUUCGAUUACCCCGGGCUCAACCUUCGAGCUCAAACAAGUCACAGCCAAGGGCGGCGCACCUCUGUUCUUGCCGUCCAUGGCAGGAGCGGCGUACGGAAAGCAGAUUGUCACCUACUCUGUGCCUCCUACUGGUGGCGACGCAUACUUCAACAUCUUCGAUACCGCAUCAGGAACAUGGAGCGGCAGUGGCUUGAUCAUGCUUCCUGGGGACUCGACGACUGACGGAAAGUCCUCAACCCCCAUUGGAGCCAUUAUUGGAGGCGUGGUAGGGGGACUGCUUGUCAUCGCUCUUGUGGUCUUCUUCUUUGUCCGUCGCCGUCGUCAGAGCGCUGAGAAAUACACCCCUGCAGUCCAGCCAGUCCAGCAAACCUCAGAAGUCAACAAGUUUGACGGAGCGAACCAUGGACACAUUCCACCACCAGUUCACCAAAUCCAGCACGACCAGCCCCCUGUCCAGUACACCCAAUACGAGCAGCCACAAUCACCCUUCGCCCAAGCGUACCAGGUCCCAUAUGAUCCAAACCAAGGACAGCAAGUUCAGUACAACUUCGCACACGCCCAACCCGACCAAGGAUACGCUACCUACAACAACCAAGGAGGAUACCAACCACCCACCUUUGUCCUUCCACCUGGCCAACAAAGCUCAGAGACACCCAUGUCAACACCGUACAAGCUGUUCCAGCCAGCUGUUGUUGCUGCCAGCGACUCGGUCGGCUCGCCUAUGAGCACGACUGCGUACAGCUCUCCUUCUCCGUAUGUCACUCCUUCUUCUCACAGGGACUCGACCUACCCUCCAGGAACGCCCGAGUUUUCCAAUGCCAAGCCGGACAAGACGUCUCUCCCUCAGAGCCCACAGUACAUUCCACCUGCUGGCGAGUCCUAG